GUUUAAUAUUGUAAGAAAAUACAAAAUCCAGAUUCUCUCCUUGGCACGCCCUCUCUUGUUAAUGUCUGCUGCAUACACAAAGACUCUAUAACUCUAUCUUUCUCUCUCUAGUCACUGUCUUUUCACUUGUCUUGUGCUUUUAAUCUUCUCCAUUGGUGUUGUUAUCUCUUUGUUUCUAACCGGUAAUGACUGAAGCUAAAACCGGCACUGGCAAUGAGAGGCUCGUGGUGGAGAUAGUAGGGGCCCACAAUCUCAUGCCAAAAGAUGGCGAAGAUUCUUCGUCACCUUUUGUGGAAGUGCAGUUCGAGAACCAACGUCUCCGGACUAAGGUCAAACCCAAAGACUUGAACCCAAUCUGGAACGAGAAGCUCGUCUUCCACGUUAUUGACGUCAACGACCUCAGACACAAAGCCCUAGAAAUCAACGUAUACAACGAGAAGCGUUCUUCUAACAGUAGAAACUUCUUGGGAAAGGUUAGGGUUUUGGGUUCCAGCGUUGGAAGAGAAGGAGAGUCAGUCGUUCAGCUCUACACUCUUGAAAAGAGAAGCCUUUUCUCUUCCGUGCGUGGAGAAAUCAGCGUCAAACACUACAUGACCACAACGGCGGAGAACGGUGAGAAUGUCCGUCGGGUUAACAGGUCGGGUGGUUCAAAGAAAAGCAAAAAAGUACAGAACGUGAGCUCUUCCAUGGCGAUUCAACAACAGCAGCAACAACAACAGCAACAAAUUUCUCUUCACAAUCACAACAGAGGAAAUCAACAACAAAGUCAGCAGAACGGUCAAGGACAGAGGAUGCUACCGUUUUAUCCACACCAAAGUGAGAUAAAGCCUCUCGUGAUAACCGCUCUUCCCAGUCCAAUGCCCGGACCCGGACCCAGACCCAUCGUUUACUCUAACGGGUCGAGUGAGUUUUCGCUUAAAGAGACAAAGCCAUGUCUUGGAGGAACAAGUAAUGGUCUUGGCGGUUUGAGUAGUCACAAGGACAAAACAAGCUCCACUUAUGAUCUAGUUGAGCAAAUGCAGUACCUUUAUGUUAAUAUCGUGAAAGCUAAGGACUUGUCGGUAUUAGGCGAAGUCGUGUCGGAAGUGAAAUUGGGUAAUUACAGGGGAGUUACUAAAAAGGUGAGUUCAAAUUCCAGUAAUCCAGAGUGGAAUCAAGUAUUUGUCUUUUCCAAAGAAAGAAUUCAAUCAUCCGUAGUUGAGCUUUUCGUUAAAGAAGGUAAUAAAGAUGAGUAUACGGGUAGAGUCUUGUUUGAUUUAAGCGAGAUCCCAACCCGCGUUCCUCCGGAUAGUCCGUUAGCUCCGCAAUGGUACAAGAUAGAGAAUAGAAACGGCGGUAGAGGUAAUGGAGAGCUUAUGGUUUCGGUGUGGUUCGGGACUCAAGCUGAUGAGGCUUUUGCGGAGGCGUGGCAUUCAAAGGCUGGAAAUGUUCACAUCGAGGAACUCUCAUCGAUCAAAUCAAAGGUUUACUUGUCUCCUAAGCUAUGGUAUCUUAGGAUAUCAGUGAUUGAGGCUCAAGAUGUUGCAAUUAUGGACAAGGGAUCAAGUCUCAUGAGGUUUCCAGAGCUUUCGGCGAAGCUUCAAGUAGGGAGUCAGAUACUGAGAACUGCAAUCGCAUCUGCAAUCCCCACAAAGAGCUUUUCAAAUCCUUAUUGGAAUGAGGAUUUGAUGUUUGUAGUUGCAGAGCCGUUUGAGGAUUGCGUUACAGUUGUUGUAGAGGAUCGUCUUAAUGGUGGUGCAAUAGGAGGACAAAACGAUGUGGCUGUUGGGAGGGUUCAGAUUCCGAUUUCCGCUGUUGAAAGACGAACAGGAGAUACACUGGUUGGUUCAAGAUGGUUUAGCCUAGAUAACGGCAACAAUAACAACCGGUUUGGUUCUAGGAUUCAUCUUAGAUUGUCAUUAGACGGUGGCUACCAUGUUUUGGAUGAGGCAACAAUGUAUAACAGUGAUGUUAGACCGACUGCGAAAGAGCUUUGGAAACCGCAAGUAGGGCUUUUAGAGAUUGGGAUUCUUAGUGCAACUGGUUUGAUGCCUAUGAAGGUUAGGGACGGGAAAUGCGGUGGAAUCGCGGACUCGUACUGCGUGGCUAAGUAUGGGCCUAAAUGGGUCAGAACAAGAACUGUUGUGGACAGUCUUUGUCCUAAGUGGAACGAGCAGUACACUUGGGAAGUGUAUGACCCGUGCACAGUUGUUACCGUCGGUGUAUUCGAUAAUGCACGUGUUAAUGAAAAUAACAACUCGCGGGAUGUGCGGAUUGGAAAGGUUAGGAUUAGGUUGUCUACGCUAGAGACAGGACGGGUUUACACGCAUUCGUAUCCAUUGAUUGUGUUGCAUCCCUCUGGAGUAAAGAAAACAGGUGAGCUUCAUUUAGCGGUUAGAUUAUCUUGCGGUAACGCUGUUAACAUGCUUCAUAUGUAUGCGUUACCAUUGCUUCCAAAGAUGCAUUAUACUCAGCCGUUAGGCGUCCAUAUGCUUGAACGUUUGCGGUAUCAAACGCUAAACGCGGUUGCGGCCAGGCUGAGUAGAGCUGAGCCACCAUUGGGUCGUGAGGUUGUGGAAUAUAUGCUAGAUCAUGAUUUCCAUGUUUGGAGUAUGAGAAGGAGCAAAGCUAAUUUUUUCCGACUGGUUAACGUGAUUUCCGGUUUGGUCGCGGUUGCUAAGUUGGUUGAAGUUAUGAGAAGUUGGAGUAAACCGGUUUACUCGACGGUUUUUGUUUUGGCUUUCUUGUUUAUGGUUCUGUUUCCGGAGCUUCUAUUGCCGUGUUUGCUUCUUUACACGGCUGCGGUUGGCGUUUGGCGUUUCAGGCGGCGGUCUAGAUAUCCACCGCACAUGGACGCGCGUAUCUCUCACGCAGAAACUGUGUUUCCCGAUGAACUUGAUGAAGAGUUUGACACAUUUCCGACAAGCAGAGGAUUUGAUGUUGUGAGAAUGAGAUACGAUCGAGUUAGGAGCAUCGCCGGGAGGGUUCAGACAGUGGUUGGUGACAUGGCAAGUCAGGGAGAGAGGGUACAAGCUUUGCUAAGCUGGCGUGAUCCACGUGCUACGUUUCUCUUCUUGAUGUUCUGUUUAUUGGCGGCAGUUGGAUUUUACACUGUGCCGGUUAAGUUGACAGUAGCUAUUUCCGGUUUGUAUUAUCUGAGACCUCCUCGGUUUAGGAGGAAACUUCCGUCGCGAGGGCUUAGCUUCUUUAGACGGUUGCCGUCUAGAGCCGAUAGCUUGCUCUAGAACAUGUCAAGAGUGUAUUUAACUAUUUAUCGUCUUCUUAGAUUACUAGGGACUUUAGUUUUUGGUACGAUUUAUUGGUUGUAUGUAUUUAUUAUGUUUUCGGUUAGGUUAACAACCGGUGUUUGAACACAUGAAUGAAAGACCGAACCGGUUAAGGCAUUGUACCGAACCUGUUGUGUUAAUG